GUAAUCGAAACAUUAUUUAUUAUUUUGUUCCGGAGUGAAACCGAAAAAUGUUCUUAUCGGUUUUCGGUUCAAUGGGAAAUAUCAGGUAUUUCAGUAAUUUGUUUCACGCAGCGAAGAGACUGCCGUUGGUUUGUGCCAUAAUUAAAGAGAAGACAAGCAAGCCAUCGCCCCCGCGUCUAAACUCCGGGCGAACAAGCAUAGCAAAAACAAAGACAAAAAUACAAAGACAAACAAAAAAACAUGACGCAAGGCGCCAUUGCUUCCCACCAAUGAGAGCGCGGUGGCGCGACGCCUCCACACGCUCUCAACGCUCUCUUUGGCUCUUGCGCCCUUUCCCUCCACGCUUUCUUCGGACGACACAGGCACACAACAGACUACGGCAAGCGCGGGAAGUUUGCGACACGGCGUUGUAGAAGUCCAUCUUUUGUUUUUCUACGGGUACGGCAGUCUGAGACUCUGUUGCAAAAGUGUACUUCUUCAUCCCUAUGGGGCGCGAGAGAACUAAUCGCGCCCGAAAAUUUUUCAACUAUGACAGCGUCUCAAACAAAUCGACGUGUCAGAUUGAAGACUGCCAGCACGUUGUUUCUGGAGACCACGGCGGAAACUUGGAGCGCCAUUUGCAGCGGCGCCACAAAGAGGUAUACGGCAAGUUGCUUGCUGAAAAAGCCACAAAGCGUGUUGUACUAGGCCGGGAUGAAGACUCUCCUGCCGCAAAGCUCAGGCAAGUGGACAUAACAAGCAUGCUUCAGCCGACUUCAUCGAAGUGCGUUUGGCUUGAAAUAACGGAGGACAGCAUAAUGAAAAGUUGCGUCGAGCUCGUGACGAGAAACGGACGGCCGUUCCGACUCGUCGAUGACUCCGGCUUUCGACAGAUUAUUGAUCCGGUCCUCAAAGCACUCGGCGCCAGACGGGCUAUAACAGCGGCGACUGUUAAGGACAGAGUCCAGGAAGAAGCCAAGAGCAAGCGAGAGGAGAUUUCUUCGUCGCUUAGAGGAAGGAUGUUUUCUCUCAAAAUUGACUGCGCGUCCCGACUUGACCGGGCUUUGCUCGGAAUCAAUGUACAGUACGCGGAAAAUGGAAGGCUAGUUCUUCAGCCAUUGGCCAUGAAGGAGCUUUUUGACAGACACACUGGGGAACACCUGAGGCUUCAAGUUAAAAGCACACUGUCUCGCUACGACCUCAGCAUCAGCCAAGUCUACAGUGUAACAACCGACAACGGAGCUAACAUGCUGAAGGCUGUUCGUCUUCUCGGUGAAGCUGAUGAUGAAAGUGAUGACUGCAGUUCAGACGAAGAGGCCGACAGCGGCGAGCACGCAUUUGGAACCUACGGCUUAAUCUCUCUGCUGGACAACCCAGAGGUUACUCACCUUCCAGGUCUUGACGACGCAGACUUGAUGUUAGGCGUCAGGUGUGCCGCGCACACACUUCAGCUGGCCGUUACUGAUGCCCUCAAAGAGUCUGGUUCCUGCACCAUCGUCGCAGAGUGUCGCGCGCUCGUGAAGAAACUCCGCGUACAGAGUGCUAUGGGCUUGAUAAGGAAGCUAGGGCUAAAAAAGCCUGUCAUCGAUUGCCCAACACGAUGGAUGUCGACGUUGAAUAUGUUGGUCAGGUUGACUGAAUUGAAGAGCUUCGUCGAGGACUUUCUAUCGGAGGAAGAACGCUCCCGCUGGAUCGAAUGCAUGUGGGCAGAAGUUGAAAUGCUCACGGUGGCCCUUGAGCCGGCACAAGUGGCCACGAAGAAGCUUCAGAGAGAGCAGCUGACAAUUGGAGACUUCUAUGAUGCAUGGUUGACCUGUGUCUUAAGCACCUCCAAGAUACUGUCGCCACUGGCAAAGGCCCUGGUUAAGUUCAUGAAGAAGAGAGAGCGAGAUCUCUGCGACACAAAUAUUUUUUGCGGUGCACUGUACAUGGAGCCACGCUAUCGCCUUCUUCUUACCACCGAGCAAAAAUGCCAAGCAAGGCUGCACCUGAGCAAGACCUGGAAACGAAUUACAGGCCUUCAACCGAAGCAGGACAUCAAAUACAUCCAAGCAAGCGUGGCAGCAGCUCCAGCGGAGCCACAAGAUGCCCUCGAAGCGUUGCUAAAGGAAAAGGAAGCUGAGGCUGGCGCUCACCCUGAAGCAGGUGGGCUAGGCCCAGUGGACAUCGCAUGUUUGUUGGAAAUGCUGGACAAAGAAGCACGCCUUCCAAGAACCACAAAUGUACUGGCAUUUUGGGAAGAGCGGAAGGAACGCCAACCGGAACUGUAUUCUUUAGCGAAAGUUGCCCUAGGUGUGCCAGCCACACAGGUCAGCGUGGAGCGGGCAUUCUCGGCGCUGAAAUUUAUUUUAUCGGACCAGAGGUCUUGCCUUUCACUGAGCACACUUGAUGACGUGCUGUUUCUGAGAUCAUGCUCGGUGCCUUGAUCAUGAUCUCAUUCUCAAGGCAAUGAACAUGAUCUCAGAAGCAAUGUCGUUUCCGCGGAUUCCUCUAGAGCGCCUGAAUUAUAUAUUUUUGUGUAAAAAUAAACGUUACGUUC